GAAAGCAGAUUUGUUAUUGUUCGAUGAUCAUAUUAGCAAUUUUUAUAUGAUUAAAUGUUUUACACAAAAACAUUCUUCCGAUUUAGCCGAAUUAUGUGUUAAGACCGAAACAGAUGACAAUACUUUUGAUACCCUCCGUACGCAUGUGCUUAGA